CCUGUUUGACUACAAAAAUUUAUUUUUUUUAGGGACUUCUGGGACAAGAGCAUUCUGGAGAAGCCCAAGGAUGGCCGGGAUCUGGUGUGCCAUGCCAGUGCCUGGGACUUUUUUGCCACGGACGACGUCAGGAUCAAACAGUGUACCCGGGUCAAUAUGCGGGAAUUCUUCGUGGUUCACCAUGAGCUAGGCCAUAUCCAGUACUAUCUGCAGUAUCAGCAUCAACCGAUCGAGUACCGCCGGGGAGCGAAUCCAGGCUUUCACGAAGCCGUCGGUGACGUUUUGUCUCUCUCGGUUUCGACCCCGAAACAUUUGAAAGAAGUAGGAUUGCUAAAGGACUACGUCGAGGAUGAACAGGUCCGGAUCAACCAGUUCUAUCUUUCGGGUGUAACCAAAUUCGUUUUCUUACCAUUUGCUUACACUAUGGACAAAUAUCGGUGGAGCAUUUUUAGAGGCGAGAUUAAGCCAGAAGAAUAUAACUGUAAGUUCUGGGAGUUGCGUAGCCAGCAUUCCGGUGUAGAACCACCGAUAGGUCGAUCCGAGCAGGACUUUGAUCCGGCAGCCAAGUACCACGUUUCGGCUGAUGUCGAAUAUCUACGGUACUUUGUGUCGUACGUUAUUCAGUUCCAGUUCCACAAAGCUGCCUGCAAAUUGGCCGGCGAAUACGUCCCGGGAGAUGCGGAAAAAUCUUUAAACAACUGCGACAUUUACCAAAGCACGGCCGCCGGAAAUAAACUUAAGGAAAUGCUGUCGUUGGGUUCCUCGAAGCCCUGGCCGGAGGCCAUGGAGGUGCUCACCGGAGAGCGGAAGAUGAACGCCGAUGCCAUCCUGGAAUAUUUUAAACCACUGCACGAUUGGCUCAAGGAAGAAAACAAACGCCUGGGAGCACCGAUUGGCUGGAGCGCUUCUGAGAAGUGCGGCGCUAGAAAAUUCGACUUUAUGCCGGCUAAGUAACGAUGCCAAUUUGUGCUGAUGAUUUCUGGUAAAUGAGUGUUAUUUUUUUUAUCUGUUUUGUACUUUGAGAAAUGUCUAAUAUUUGAAAUAAAUUUUCAUGGAUGGAG